UUGUUCUGCAUACAUAAGAGUUUUCGUUGUGCAUAAGGAACCAUUUUCUGGUUUCUAACAAAAAACAGCUACACUUCCUUUUCUGUCAUCAUCAUCUGUUGUUUUAUGCAUACACAUACCUCUCUCACUUCGCAAAUUCUACUUUCAAUCAUAUGCUAUUCUACGUUUCAUUCCACAAACUUCCUUUUUGGUCACCAAAAGUAUCUAUAAACAUGUAUUCAUGUUGAAGACUUUUCGUCUCUUUUGGAGUUUUGGCUGCAGAAGAAAAUAUGAGCGUGACAGGUUCAUCUUCUGGGCACCCUCAAUUCAUUGCCACCACUGGUAACAGAAGCUUGUCCAAUGCGCCGUUGAUCGAGAAUCCAGACUCUGAUCAAAUUGUCGUACCUGAUAGAACAAGCUGGAAAAACUUAUUUGCAUACGUGGGGCCUGGAUUUCUUGUUUCCAUUGCAUAUAUCGACCCUGGAAACUUUGAAACGGAUCUUCAAUCAGGAGCUCAAUACAAAUAUGAGUUACUAUGGAUCAUAUUGGUGGCAUCAUGUGCUGCUCUUCUAAUUCAAACAAUGGCUGCUAAUCUUGGGGUUGUCACUGGAAUGCAUCUAGCUGAGCAUUGUAGAGCUGAAUAUUCUCGACUGCCCAACUUCAUCCUUUGGGUGAUUGCUGAAAUUGCCAUUGUGGCCUGUGACAUUCCUGAAGUAAUUGGAACGGCCUUUGCAUUGAACAUGCUCUUCAACAUACCUGUUUGGAUUGGUGUUCUUCUGACAGGACUCAGUACAUUGGUCCUCUUAGCAUUACAGCAAUAUGGGGUUAGGAAACUUGAAUUCUUCAUUGCAUUUCUAGUAUUUACAAUUGCUGGUUGCUUUAUGGCUGAGCUUGGAUACGCAAAGCCUGUGGCCAAAGAAGUUGUGACAGGUCUAUUUGUUCCAAAACUUAAUGGGAAUGGUGCCACUGGUCUAGCAAUUUCACUGCUUGGGGCAAUGGUUAUGCCACACAAUCUCUUCCUCCACUCAGCUCUGGUGCUUUCCAGGAAAAUACCCCGAUCAGUUCGUGGAAUCAAAGAGGCUUGCAGAUUUUACAUGAUAGAAAGUGCUUUUGCUCUUAUGGUUGCCUUCCUCAUAAAUAUUUCCGUUAUUUCUGUAAGUGGUGCAGUUUGCCAUUCUUCAAACUUAAGUGCUGAAGAUCAGAAAAGUUGUGAGGAUUUGGAUUUGAACAAAGCCUCCUUUUUAUUAAGAAAUGUGUUGGGCAAAUGGAGUUCAAAACUAUUUGCAAUUGCUUUGCUUGCCUCAGGUCAAAGUUCUACCAUAACAGGAACAUAUGCAGGGCAAUACGUCAUGCAGGGAUUUCUUGAUUUGCGACUGAAGUCAUGGAUUCGGAAUUUGCUAACCCGUUGCAUAGCCAUUGUUCCUAGUUUGAUUGUUGCACUCAUAGGUGGCUCUGCUGGAGCUGGAGAGCUCAUCAUAAUUGCAUCGAUGAUCUUAUCAUUUGAACUUCCUUUUGCUCUGAUUCCACUCCUCAAGUUCACUAGCAGCAAAAUCAAGAUGGGAGAACAUGUCAACUCAAUCACGAUUUCGGCUGUUACUUGGAUCAUUGGUUCCCUCAUCAUGGGCAUAAACAUAUACUAUUUAAUGACUAGCUUUGUGAAGUUGCUUCUUCAUGCUCACUUAAGAAUUGUGGCUAAGGUAUUUCUGGGGAUAUUAGGAUUUUCUGGUGUGGCACUGUACAUUGGAGGCAUUGCAUAUUUGGCGUUUCGCAAAAAUAAAAAGACUACACAUAUUUUGACACUUAGAACAUUGGAAGAUCAGCAAAUGGGUAAUGCAGAAAAUGAUGUAUCAAUGUAUAGUCUGCCAAGAGAAGACAUAGUAAGCAUGCAAUUGCCUCAAAAAAGGAGUCCUGCAGAAUUUGAUUAAGAAAUUACUCAGUAAGGUAAAUUAGCUAUAUGUGGAGUCCUAACAAAGGUUCUAUCAGGAAUCUCUAGAAAUUGAGUCUGUGUAAAUGAGAACAUUAUUUGGUGCAAAUUGUUGAAAGUCGUAUAUCGAU